GUUGUAAUUCUUUCAUUGUGUAUAAAGUCUAUUGAGCGGAGUAGGCAAAAUCCCUUUUUUUUUUUCCAUUCCAUAUUGUAUAGUCUUUUUGUAUAAAAUUCUAUAUGUCACAAGAACAGAAGCAGCCGCAAGCACCGUUAAAGUUACGACAUCCUACCCAUUACCACCUCAUGGCGACGCAGCAACACGAAGCUUCAGCAACGCAUCCGCUUGCCACUUCCCCAACGACCGCUGUACCUCACCCUGCUUUCUCUCUCUUGUCGAAUCGGGACUCACCGUCGUCUGACAAUCUCGACUUUGGCGACAGCUUUUCACAUGCAUUCUUGUCGCCGACUACGACUUCGCCUCUCAACGACUUUGACGAUCUCGACUAUCAGUCCGGUUUGGCAUCCUACUCGAAACCAACGUCCCAGCAGCCUUUCCCCACUGCAGGAAGACACCAUUCAUUUCAUUCGAUGCAAAUGGACAUGCAAUCCUACCAACCGAAUAAUUCCACUUCUUCUCAAGGCGCUGUGCCUAUUCAAAUGCACAAACCGCAUAAUGACUAUGCGAACAGUAAUAUAUUUCUGCCUGGUGCCAGCAGUGGCAGUUACGAUCCUGGGUUCGGAUUCCCCAUGUCGGCUCCUGCGAAUAUUGGUUAUGAAUUUCCAAACUAUGCAGGUUCUCCUCCCACGAAUUUGAAUUCCCACAUGCACCCGAGCAUGGCGCUUCACCACAUGGACCAUUCAGUCAGCAACAGUGGCAUGCCAACUACGGCAGCUAGUCCCUCUUCGAUGGCUCGAAGCUUUGAAGACGAUUAUGCUAUGCAAGUAAACAUGCAAAUUAUGAUGGAGAAGCGACGUCGACGAAGAGAAUCACAUAAUGCGGGUAAGCAUCUCUAUUUUCUUUUCCUUCUUCUUCUUCUUUAUCAUCCUUGCAGCCUCACCUUGAGACGCAUCUACUCUUUAUUUUAUUUUAUUGUUUUUGUGAAAUCUAUUCAUUUUCUAAUCAAGGGACAAUAAUGAUGCAGUUGAAAGAAGGCGGCGUGAUAAU